CUUUUACUUGUCUAUUAUCAACAAACAGCAUUCCGUAAAUAUUCAUUUAACAACAAUUUAAUAAACGUAGAUAGAAGGCAUGUCUCGAGCAGAUAGUAAUAGUAACAAAACGUCGAGUUACGGAGAUAUCCGUCAUGAAGACAUCGACGAGGAAUUAAAUUUGAUGAGACCAGAAUUACAGAAUCUGGAAAUGAACAUGAUGGUAGCACUAAAUAAAUGGGUACUUACUGAUACUAUGAUUGGAAAUUUUGGAAUUUAUGGAAUUAAAUAUCCACAAUUGAGCUCAUUGAAUCGAGAUGAUUUGAUUAAAUUAGGUAUUACAGACAACCAAAUGCAAGAUGAGAUGCUUGAAGAAUUCAGCCAUCUCACAGGUCAAGAUCCAUCGUUAAGAGCUGUAAUUUCCAGUGUGGUUGGUGAUUUGCAAGAUCAACAAAAAGAUACAGAAACCGUGUCAAUGGUUCAAACAUUACAAGAACAAAUCUAUCGCCUCAAUACUCUAUUAGCUGCCAUAACAUUUCAAGUCGGUAUUUCAUCAUCGUCAGCGCCUGGAAUUGUUGUCAAUCAACGUUUCUGUUCAGCGCAAAUUGUCAUGGACUUACUUGGUCAAUUAGGAACUCAUACUGCUCAAAUGGAAGAGAUUAUCGUCUCAUUAUCAGAUCCAGUAAAAUAUGAUGAAAUUGAGAAAGAAUUCACAAAGAAGAAGCGGGAAAAGCGACGAAACUGCAUCGCUAUAGUUUCAACAGUUGGAUUCUUCAUCGCUGGAUUGUACUUUGCCAGACGUUUUGGAAUGAGGAAAGGAUUUUAAUCUGCAAACUCUCUAAUGAAAUUUAACAUUUUUUGGGAAGUAAAGAAGGUCUUUUUGGAGAAUUGAAUUAAUUAACGUACAAAACAGGAAGAAAUAUCAAUUGAUACAGUUGUAUUUUUUCUACACGUAAUAACAUUGAAGUGGUAACGGGUCCAGUCAGAAAUCUUACACAUAUUAAACUAAGCAUAAAACCAACAAAAGCGCAUUUUCCAUAAAUUAUAGCUAAUUUUAAACAUUAACGGUUAUAAAUUAUUUGAAAUUAAUGUCACAAUUUUUAUGAAAAAGUUUCGUUAAAAUUCAGAAUUUAGACAUAAGUUUCGUUCAAAAUUUCCAUAAAAUUUAAAAAGUUAAAGAAAUAACGGAAAAUGCGCUUAAAAUAUCAUUAAUUAAAACAAUCUGCCAUAAAAUGUGGAUCAAUAGUUGAUUUUUUUUUAUUAAAUGAGUGAAUAGAAUUUUCUAAUUAAAAAAAAUAGUAGCUAGAGGCUGUGAUGAACUUCUUGAUGAUCAUGUUGCUCAAAGCACAUUUCACAAUAAAAUACAAAGUUUUUUCCAUUAAUAUAAAAAAUCAGCAUUUAAUUACCAU